CCAUCGCAUCGACCGAAAUUAGACUAGGAUUAAACGCGCGAGUGCCGCGGUCGCGCUCGGCGGCCUCGACAGACCUACGUACGCCUCCCCGCCGCCGCCGCCGGGUCUAGGUCGUUCCUCCAUGUGUGUCCAGAUCGCGUUAAAAAAAUCAAUCGGUGACGGUGGCCCCGGGUCUGCGAUGAGCUUCAGCUAAUCGUGAAGGUAGAUGAGGAGGGGCGACCUUGCGACCUGCUUACACUCGUUCGCUGCUGUACGAUCUACCAUCAUAGACACCACCGUCAGGCACAAUGUCGUCGAUUAGACUGCUCUCGGUCGUAGUCAAAUGACAAUAACUAGAUUAAAGUGUCGGGAGCGCUCAUGAGACAGUCGUGCCACCGUCUGCUCGAGCAUCAGCACGCCGGCGGGGAAGAGCCCCCGCUUUACUCACCCAUAGAUCAAAUUUCAGCGCUACCUGAUCAUGUGGGCCGGGAGGCCGGCGCCAAGCUGACACGAUAUGCGCCGGCGGAGGAGGACGAGGCGACUCUCAGGGAACUUCUACUUAGCCUUCAGAGACAGGUGAGCGUGAUGAGCAUGAAUCUGUCCGCCAAGCUCGACGAGUUGCAGCGGGGCGACCGACAACUGGAGACCACGGUCGCGCUCUGCGAAAUACGUACGCAACUUCAGGAACUUACCAAGAGCGUCGAAUCAUGCCAAAGUGAAGUCUCCGAGGUGAAACGCGACAUGGUUGCCAUCAAACAAGAGUUGGACACCGUGCAGCAAGUCAAAGAGGAGAUCGAAGAACUGCGCGAAUAUGUGGAUCGACUCGAAGAGCACUCUCAAAGACGUAAGCUAAGAUUGCUCGAGCAGGGACUUACUUUCUUCUUGUCGUACGCCAUCUUGGCCGCGGUGCUCGGGAUGCUGCAGUUUGGUUACAACACUGGUGUCAUCAACGCUCCUGGCAGAAAUAUCGAAAACUUCAUGAAGGAUGUUUACAAAGAUCGCUACGGUAAAGAUAUCCACGAGGACACCGUGAACAGGUUAUACUCGAUAGCAGUCAGCAUCUUCGCUAUCGGUGGCAUGCUGGGUGGGUUUUCAGGGGGGAUGAUUGCAAACCGAUUCGGCAGAAAAGGAGGUCUCUUGCUCAACAAUAUACUCGGCAUCGGGGGCGCUAGUCUUAUGGGAUUUACCAAGAUAUCACAUUGUUACGAAAUGCUCUUCUUCGGUAGAUUCAUCAUAGGUGUCAAUUGUGGUCUAAACACAUCGCUUGUGCCAAUGUACAUAUCGGAGAUUGCGCCCCUGAAUUUGCGCGGUGGCCUGGGAACCGUCAACCAACUCGCCGUCACCGUUGGACUGCUGCUUUCGCAAGUACUCGGCAUCGAACAGAUUCUCGGCACAGACGACGGAUGGCCCAUUUUGCUUGGCUUAGCUGUAUGCCCUGCUAUUCUACAGCUGCUGUUAUUGCCAGCUUGUCCCGAAUCGCCACGCUAUUUGCUAAUUACUCGGCAGUGGGAGGAGGAAGCACGACGGGCACUCAGGAGGUUACGCGCGAGCAAUCAAGUGGAAGAAGAUAUAGAAGAGAUGAGGGCCGAAGAAAGAGCGCAACAAGCUGAAGCUUCCAUAUCUAUGCGGGAACUCCUUUGCUCACCUACACUGCGUGCACCGUUACUCAUCGGCGUUGUCAUGCAGCUGUCCCAACAGCUAAGCGGAAUUAAUGCGGUAUUCUACUAUUCAACAUCGCUUUUCACUUCAUCUGGUUUAACUGAGGAGUCAGCUAAGUUUGCAACUAUGGGAAUCGGCGCAAUCAUGGUGGGCAUGACCCUAGUCUCUUUGCCGCUAAUGGACCGCACUGGACGACGAACUCUUCAUCUGUACGGCCUCGGUGGAAUGUUCAUUUUCUCCAUUUUCAUCACGAUCUCUUUCCUCAUAAAGGAGUUUUUUGGCUAUGUACAGGAAAUGAUUGACUGGAUGAGUUACUUGUCGGUGGUGUCUACGCUGAGCUUCGUGGUAUUCUUUGCUGUCGGACCUGGCUCUAUUCCUUGGCUGAUAACUGCAGAGCUCUUCUCUCAAGGCCCGCGACCAAGUGCAAUGGCGAUCGCUGUCUUAGUUAAUUGGCUCGCGAAUUUCGUUGUCGGAAUUGGCUUUCCUAGUAUGAAGGCUCUAUUGGAAAACUAUACAUUCCUGCCUUUUAGCGUAUUCCUUGCAAUUUUUUGGAUAUUUACGUACAAAAAAGUUCCUGAAACGAAAAAUAAGACCUUUGAGGAAAUUUUGGCUCUAUUUCGAAACUCGAAUGGCAGGGACAAUUUCCGCGACAGCCGGCUCUAUGGAAGCAUGAUGAAUUGCGUGAACGCGCUGGAACAGCAAUUGCCUCCGCCACCACCGCCCGCUCCCGUUGACGAGAAACAUGAUUCACUGUCGGAGGUGUCGUCGGUCGCGGGCGAGGCGGGACGGCCACCACCACCACUGCCACCGCCGCGCUUCCCGACAACCGGCAACGUCUGACAAUGGGAGACCGCUGCGCGUGCGCCACUAGUCGCACCCAUCAAGGCCGCCGCCAACUUCUUGUUUCAUGGACUCAAGCGUCAAGCCGCAGGCCGCGCCUCUAUCACUACCACACAACAAAUGUUCUAAAUUGAUGUGAUUAGAUUAUUAACGAAAUUAGUAUAUAAGUCACGGCGUAAAUUAAUAUAUAGUUCUUUAGUCUGUCAUUUUAUGACAUAAUUUAUGAAAUGCAUAUUUAGAUAUAUAAAGUGCCAUCAGUUUCAAGUACCCAUUUUAAUUAGUUUUUCAUAAAGUUUUACUUAAAAUAAUGAAUAUUCAACAAAUUGACGAUUGGAAAACUUCGAGUAGGGCUUAAUUGAAGUCUUUUGAAAAUUAUACCCACAAAUACUAGCUUCGGAUAUUGAUAAAGUUAAAUUAUAAGUAUGUGACGGUGAAGUUAAUAAAUUUAUUACAUAAAAGAUAUUAGUAGAUUCUAUUGAAUAUUUACUAGAGAGCAAUGUUGAGACACUACGAGCACCCGUGGAGUGUCUGGGCCUUUGAAUGGGUGCGUAGGUACUCGAUAAGUUCAAAGUACGGUCAUAAUAUUAUACUUAAUGCCAAGUAAAAUUCUAUUAUUCUAAAAUGGGUAACUUUAUGCUUAAGACAAUGAUAAUUGUCAUUGAAAUGUAUAAAAUACGACGUGAUGUAUUGUUGAUUUUUAUACAUAGGUAAUUAUAUUAUUUUACGAAUGUUUUUAUUCUCCUUUUACUCAUAAUUAUUAUUGUUAUACCUAAUGAUAAAUUAACGUCAUAUCUGAAAUGACCCAUAUAUUAUAAUAUGAUAUUAUAAUUAAAACAUAAAUUUUAUUAUUAUGAUUGGAGUAACAGUUUUAUUGCAGUUGCGGGAAUUGAUUAUAUGUAUAAAAUAUUGUAAUUUAUUUAGAGCAAAGAGAAUUUACUUAGAGACACGAUUCGCAACACUUGAUUAAGUCGUAGUUAUUUUAUGUUUUCAAAUUUAGAUAUUUAAUUUAUAGUGAUAAGAGAUAAUAAAUGCAUAAUACCAUUUUAAUUGAUGAAAGAUAGAUUAUGGUAAGUUAUACAAUUUGUGAAGACUUUUAAGAAUGUAAAGCUUUUAAACUUAUACGCCCUAGAAGAUAAACAAAACGUUUUCAUUAAUUAUAAGUUAGGGUUCAGUAGUUACUACAGGGUUGUAGUCAAUCUGUUCGUCCGUACAUCUGAUAACUGCUCAAUUCAAUAUUUAAGACUAAAAGGAUCCGUAGCCUAUCGUUAUCGGAGAAGGUAGCACGGCCUAAUAAUUAUGUGUGACUGUAGACGAGCGUCGUAACGACGACUGAUGGUUCAAUUUUGAGUUAUCUCAAUGUAGUUAUCUAAGACAAUCUUUUACUUAUAAAAAGGUUGAAAAUGAACUAAUCUUUUACGAAAUGCUCUUUACUUUAAUAUCUUUAUAUUUUUAAGCACAAUCUUAGCACAAAGUUAUAAUAAUUAAAAAUAAAACCAUAUAAGAGUCUUAAAUCAAAAUUCAUUUCAUACAUUAGUUAGCAUAUUAAUAAUAAUGACACAAAGCAAUAAUCGUCCUUAUACAUGUGAUAAAAAAUCAAUAAUAUUUUACUAUAUACCGAUAAUAACUAUGGGAAUGUCAAAAUUCUAAAGUAACAAAGCCGAAGCACAUUCCCAACAAACCCUCGCGCACUUCAAUUGUUAUAUUACGUAAAAUAAUAGUAAAAUCGGUAGACUUUUCCGGUCUAAAUGUAUUCGAUUUAUUUUUAAGCUUUUUAUCAUCGGUCGCGUAUCGAUGCUGGAUGAACGGAUGGACAGAUUUGUUAUUUGUUGGGAGAAAAAAUCCCAUUCGCUAGUGAAAGAAAUCCUAAAAACCUUCUAAAGCACUAUCCACAGUAUAUGCCACAAUUAUCUGAAAUGCCUUUAAGUUUCCAUAUGCGGAGAUUUCUCCGUACUUGUACAAAAGGAACUUGUAAAAUUUUAUUGGAAUUAAUACUUGUU